GAGGAGGGGGAGUCGCGUCCCAGGUCGCCGGGCGGGGGCCGCUGCGGCUCCGCUCGGCGCCCGGGCGCCUGUGCUGCAGCUGUCGGCCACCGGAGGGGGCGAACAAACGUCAACCUGUUGUUUGUCCCGUCACCAUUGAUCAACUCUCCGCGCCACGAGGAAGUGCGGCCGCCCCCCGCGCGGAGAGCGCGGCAUGCAGGAAGUUUGCGGAGAGCUCGGCGACUAGCGCGGAGGCCAGGGCCAGCGAGUGCGGGCUCGCGUCCCGGGAGCCUGUCCCGGCUUUUUCUUGGAGUGACGCUGUCCCCGGGUCUCUGAUCCCAAUGCACCGGCUCAUCCUCGUCUACAUGCUAGUCUGCGCAAACUUUUGCAGCUACCGGGACACCUCUGCCACCCCGCAGAGCGCAUCUAUCAAAGCUUUGCGUAACGCCAACCUCAGGCGAGAUGAGACACGGCUGCCGGCUCCACCUUUCUGGCUUCGCGUGGGGCUACCAGCCCAGCAGGAGGAGACGUACCACUCUGAGCACAGUGACAAUGCUGUCUUUCCAAACUGUUUGUUGCUUGAGAGCAAUCACCUCACAGACUUGUACCGAAGAGACGAGACCAUCCAGGUGACAGGACAUGGCCACGUGCAGAGUCCCCGCUUCCCAAACAGCUACCCUCGCAACCUGCUUCUGACCUGGCGGCUCCACUCCCAGGAGAAAACAAGGAUACAGCUAGCAUUUGACAAUCAGUUUGGAUUAGAGGAAGCGGAAAAUGAUAUCUGUAGGUAUGAUUUUGUAGAAGUUGAAGACAUAUCUGAAACCAGUACUGUUAUUAGAGGACGAUGGUGUGGACACAAGGAAGUUCCUCCAAGGAUAACAUCAAGAACGAACCAGAUUAAAAUAACGUUCAAGUCUGAUGACUACUUUGUGGCUAAACCUGGAUUCAAGAUUUAUUAUUCUUUUGUGGAAGAUUUCCAACCUGCAGCAGCCUCAGAGACCAACUGGGAGUCAGUCACAAGCUCUAUCUCAGGGGUAUCCUAUCACUCUCCAUCAGUAACGGACCCCACUCUCACUGCGGAUGCUCUGGACAAAACGAUUGCAGAAUUUGAUACUGUGGAAGAGCUGCUCAAGCACUUCAAUCCAGAAUCAUGGCAAGACGAUCUUGAGAAUCUGUAUUUGGAUACCCCUCAUCAUCGAGGCAGAUCGUAUCAUGACAGGAAGUCAAAAGUUGACCUGGACAGGCUCAACGAUGAUGUCAAGCGUUACAGUUGCACUCCCAGGAAUUACUCCGUCAACUUGAGAGAAGAGCUGAAGCUUACCAAUGUGGUCUUCUUUCCACGCUGCCUCCUUGUGCAGCGCUGCGGAGGAAACUGUGGCUGUGGAACUGUCAACUGGAAGUCCUGUGCGUGCAAUUCAGGGAAAACUGUGAAAAAGUAUCACGAGGUGUUAAAGUUUGAACCUGGCCAUUUCAAGAGGAGGGGCAGAGCGAAGCACAUGGCUCUCGUUGACAUCCAGUUGGAUCAUCAUGAGCGGUGCGACUGUAUCUGCAGCUCAAGACCACCUCGAUAAGAGACUGUGCAUGUACUUUCAUUAAACACAAAAGAACCUUUAUUUUAAGGAGGGUGUGGUAAGAGACCCCUUUCCCACCAGCAACCGAACUUACUAUUAGCCUGAAAAGCAAUGAAUACAAGUGGUUGCUGACUUUCAAUCUAGCUUUGUUAGUGCCAUGACAAGUAGAAAGGCAUAUCAUCAACCUCUAUAUCCAAGAAUAUAGGAUUGCAUUUAAUAAUAGUGUCUGAGGAUAUAUGUCAUCUCCAUGUCUCUGUGUAAAUAGACCAAAUGGUUUACUGAGUAUAUAUAACCAGGUACACCAGAGCUUACAUAUGGUUUAAUUAUUUAGACUCUUAAAAUCUGACAAAAUAAGGGACAUAGUAAAUACAUUAAACAUGUCUUUGGAAGAUUUGGAAGAUUAAUUUGUUUAUUUUUAAGUUUUGAAUCACAAAACAAUUUUGGAUCUUGCUCUUUUAAAGAAAGCACCUUUUAUAUUAAAAAUCCAAUAAAUGAGCAUUUCUUGUGCA